UACGCCUGAAUGUCAUUGCAGACGACAGAAAAAGUAAGAAUCUGGGAAGCCGUGGUCCCGUGCACUGGCAGUCAAGUCAUAUGACAGACCCAGUUCCUUCAUAUUGUCAUUAAAUAUGUUGUUCAAAACGUUAGUUGCAGCUCUCUGCAUCGCUGCUGUUGCAGCGGAGGGCGAACUGCAAGUACUUCAUUCUACCGAUUCUCUUCAUUUUCAUGGCCACGAACGCCUCUCUCAGGACACCUUGAAAGAGGUUCUCUCAGCUUCCUUAGGUUUUACUAUUGAAAAGAGCAGUGAAUGGAAAGGCCUCCGCAUCCUGGACCCUUUCAAGUACAGUGAGGCUGUUGCUGUGCUUGUCGUAGAUGGUGUGAAAUCCUUGGAUUCUAAGCUGCCACACACUCAUCGCUACCCCCUCACUACAACAGAGCAUGAAGAGGACACUUGGCAGUCUUUGCGAUCACGUAUUGAUGCCAGGUUCCCCCAUAAAGUUCACAACAAUACUGUUUACCGAGUAGAUCUCCAGGACGUUGUGCUGGGAGAGAAGUCACCUUUAUUAGAUGGUGUCCGAAUUGCUCAAGACUCCCAGCAAUACGAAUUCCUUGAUGCUGAGAUUGAAGAAGAUGCCCAGUUGAUGAAGGAAGUUCAAGUCCUCAGAGCUUUAGCUCACAAGAUUGAGACUCUUGGUAAUGCUCAUGAUGGUCUCCCCGACCUCUAUUGGAUUGUUUUGCGUGGACUGCAUGCUGUGUCUGACCGCCACGGGGCUGAUUCGCCCACGACUCUUGAAGCCAAGCAACUUGUAUCAGACGCUGCAAAUGUUCUAAGCCAAGCUUUCACUAGUGUCUAUGAUGGACGUGUGGUUUUUGCUACUGUGGCUACUGAUUCAAGUCACACUCGCCGUGCCCGUAGCCUUCUUCAAGAUAGCACUGCUACUGUUGAUGCUCCGGAUGCAUACAGUGAGGACUUCCCAGUGAUUUUCAACAUCAUUCUCUGGUUCUCGAUUGUGUUGGUCUUUGCACUCAUUGCUAUCUCAGUUGCCAUUGCUGACAUGGACCCAGGCCGUGAUUCUAUUAUCUACCGCAUGACAAGCACAAGAAUGAAGAAAGACAACUAGAAACUUUUUUUCUCAUUGAACUUUUGAUUGAUGUGUUUCCUAAAGAAGCUCUGAUUUCAUGUGCUUGGUACUUCGAUUUUAUUUUUAUCCUUGCAGUAUUGUGUGUGGAUGUUAUCAGUAAUUCAGUUUUGCAUCUAUUUCUUCACAAAGUUUGAAAACAGGACUGUGUGCCUGUUGCAAUGUUUCUUUCAUUUUCAAUUUUUUUUUGUCCCCCGCCCCCCCUAUUGUAUCUUGUAUUUGAAUUAUAAUUUUACUUAAAUAUUUAAAAAGCUGUUGAUGUGUAUGGAAGGCUUUUCAGGGCAUUUACACCAGUAGUAAAUGAGAUUCCCAGUUACAUGCUCCAAUUCCAUUUCUUUUAACUAGACAUUUUUUCUGCAUUUUUAAGCAUUCCGUUAAAUAUUUUCUUUUAUCACCUUGUUGAUGUACAGUGUAGAGUAUGAUUUAAGUCUGUGUAUGUAUGCAUGUGAAAAUUAUUGUACAUAAAUUUAGUCAGGUGUUAAAAUCAUUUUGUGCUAGUUAUUAUGUUAAAUUUUUAAAUGUAAAUCAAUCUGACGUGUUUCUUCCACCUUAAUGUUGUCUGAAACUCUUUGCCAAGGUGUUAGUUACAUAUGAGGACCAGUGUGGGCUCUCCUUUAUUGGUUCUGUUAAUGACUUACACUAUUCAUGUUGUGUUGAUUUGAAGUUAGGACACUCUUUUUUAUGGUUGUUCCUUCAGGUUGCUUCUAACAUGGCCAUAUCAUGGAGGACAAGAUACAUAAUCUUUCUGUGAAUUUAAAUUCACUGCCUUGUUAUAUAAAAUGAAAACCAUUUAAUUAAGAAAACAGCAUGAGUACUUACUGCUUCAGUGUUAAGAGCAGGCUGUGCCUGUGUUUAAAUAGCCACAACCUAGGUUAAUAGUAGAGUCACAUCUUAGGAAAUUUGGCUUUUGAGUGGUGAAAAAUAUGCGGAUGUAUAACGAGAAGUGGCGAAUAAAGAAGGACGAACGAAUUCAAAA